GUGGUCUCCUCCAUUUUCUUCAGCAUCAGGAAAGGAGAUAGAGUGGCCUAUAAAUCUUUUCACCUCAUACUUAAAAAAUGAGUGACGAAGUUGCUGCCAUCGUUAUUGAUAAUGGAUCGGGGAUGUGUAAAGCUGGAUUUGCUGGCGAUGAUGCCCCAAGAGCCGUGUUUCCGUCCAUCGUGGGACGACCCAGGCAUCAGGGAGUGAUGGUCGGUAUGGGUCAAAAGGACAGUUACGUGGGAGACGAAGCACAGAGCAAAAGAGGCAUCCUAACUCUGAGGUAUCCCAUUGAGCAUGGCAUCGUCACAAACUGGGACGACAUGGAGAAAAUCUGGCACCACACCUUCUACAAUGAGCUGCGAGUGGCGCCGGAGGAGCACCCAGCCUUACUGACAGAGGCACCAUUGAACCCAAAGGCCAAUCGCGAGAAAAUGACCCAGAUCAUGUUUGAGACCUUCAACUCUCCGGCCAUGUAUGUUGGUAUCCAGGCUGUCCUGUCUCUAUAUGCUUCUGGUAGGACCACGGGUAUUGUGAUGGAUUCUGGCGACGGUGUGUCCCAUACUGUACCCAUCUAUGAAGGAUACGCUUUGCCUCACGCUAUCUUGCGUUUAGAUCUAGCAGGAAGAGAUCUGACUGGGUACCUCGUAAAGAUUUUGACAGAGCGUGGAUAUUCCUUCACAACAACAGCUGAGCGGGAAAUCGUUCGUGACAUCAAGGAGAAACUUUGCUACGUCGCCCUGGACUUCGAACAAGAAAUGGUUACAGCUGCUUCAACUUCAACAUUGGAGAAAAGCUACGAGUUGCCUGAUGGACAAGUCAUCACAAUUGGCAAUGAGAGAUUCCGUUGCCCGGAGUCUUUCUUCCAGCCUGCAUUCCUGGGAAUGGAAGCAUCCGGUAUCCACGAAACAGCCUACAACUCCAUCAUGAAGUGUGACGUUGACAUCAGACGAGACCUUUACGCUAACACCGUUCUCUCUGGAGGGUCCACCAUGUUUCCAGGAAUGGCCGACCGCAUGCAGAAGGAAAUGACCGCAUUAGCUCCCAGCACCAUGAAGAUUAAAAUUAUCGCUCCGCCAGAGAGGAAGUACUCUGUAUGGAUUGGUGGAUCCAUUCUUUCUUCUCUUUCCACAUUUCAGCAGAUGUGGAUCAGUAAGCAAGAGUAUGAUGAAAGCGGCCCAAGUGUAGUCCACAGAAAAUGCUUCUGAACCUCUGUACGUUUCUUGUGUCAGGUGUGCAGCUUGUUUUAUUGUGAUUUUACCCAAUACCAACUUUGCACUGUGUAUGUUUAAUUAUGAGAUAACAUGUUUGCAAACUAAUUAUUGUACUAGUAUAUAUUAUGUAUCCAAACGACAAUAAAAAUUUCACAUCGAUAGUACUUUA